AUGUCUGAGCAAAGACAACGGAAAGUUAGAAGCAGAAAAUCUAUUCAAAAGGGUGGAGCUGUUACAGUUGAACCACGGAAGAAGAUUCAUACGAAGAUAGUAAAGGAGCAAGAGAGAGAAGAAGCAAGAGAGAGGAGAGAGAGAAAGCGCAUGGUUAACCUUGAGUAUAAGCUGCAGCUCCGUGCUGGCAUUGAUGCACGGAGAGCGGAACGGGGAGUAAUCAUAGACCCUGAUAUUGAGCGUAGGAGACAGAAGGAAGUGGAGGAGAAGGAGGAGCAGUUGCACCGGCAAUUGGCCGCUGAAGAAAGUGGUUUUGUUGACUUUGCAGACCUUGACUACGACAUGAUCCACAGUGCAAGUGACAGUAACGUCUCCUGCAAAUUAUACGAGCAGCCUCAGCAUUCCCAGAAGUCGGUGCCGGCGUCCCUUUUGGGCCCAACACCAUUCGAGCAAUGGAGAUCAUUGACCCGCCCCGAAAAUCGCCAAAGGGUUUGCAAAUUGUGCGACCACCAAUGGCUGGCCAGAGAAGAAGGAUACGUGGUUGAUUUCAGAACUGUGCAGGAGAAGGGCACGCGAGGGGGUGUACUUGCAGCCGCCAAUACACAUGUUGCCGAUGUAAAGACGAGAGGCACUCACAGAGCGCAUUUUCUGAACGAGCUCGUGAAGCUUAUCCCUGAUGAAGUGCCCGAGUUUGGAAAGAGGCUGAAGAACAUCGAGGAGAGUGGAGACAAGAUGGUAAUGACCUUCGAGGACGGGACAACUGCAGAAGCAGACGCUGUGAUCGGAUGUGACGGUAUCAAAUCACGGACGCGUGAGAUAUUACUGGGCAAAUAUCACGAGGCUGCACAUGCAGUGUUCUCUGGAAAAUACGCAUACAGACGUCUAAUACCGAUGCGCAGUGGAUGCCUUAGCAGUGGAUGCCUUAGGAGAUGA